GCUAAAAUGGCGGCGCCCAUGAGCGAGGGGUUUCCCGCCUUGGAGCCUGGCGCUGCUCCCUACGGCAACUUCCCUAAUUAUUCCCGCUUCCACCCGCCCGAGGGGCGAGUCAGCCUCCUGCCUGGCGGGCUCUUGAGGAGCUUGUUCCCCGCGGCGGCCCGCCCGCUGCUGGGGCUCGAUGUGGGCUGCAACUCGGGGGAGCUAAGUGUGGCUCUGUACAGCCAUCUCCUUGGCCUUCAGGAGAGUGAAGGCAGCCUGGACCAGCCUGCAGCUGGAAAGGAGCUGAAUCUUCUGUGCUGUGACAUCGAUCCGGUGUUGAUUGAGAGGGCUCAGCGGUGCAGCCCCUUUCCUGCCUCCAUAUCCUUUGCCAGCCUGGACAUCAUGGACUCCGGUGCCAGGGAGCCAUUCCUGAGCUCCUACCUGGGCCGUUUCGGCCGCUCCGCCUUUGACAUCAUUUUUUGCAUGUCUGUGACCAUGUGGAUCCACCUGAAUCAUGGGGAUAGUGGCCUGAGGGAGUUCCUGUCCUUUCUUUCCUCGCUGUGUGGGUACCUGCUGAUCGAGCCCCAGCCGUGGAAGUGCUACAGGGCGGCCGCGCGCCGCCUGCGGAAGCUGGGCAGGAAUGACUUCGAUCACUUCCGAUCUCUCACAAUCAAGGGGGAUAUGGCAGAGAGGAUAACCCAGAUCCUAACGAAGGACUGUGCCAUGGAGCUGGUGUGCUGCUUUGGCAGCACCAGCUGGGACAGAAGUCUCUUGCUUUUUAAAUCAAAUGGCUCCAAUCGCGAGGGUGGGGAGCCUUCAGAACAGGAACAGUGACUGAUAAAUGGUCUCUCAUGUUCAUGAAUCCAUAGGCAAGGAGGUGCCUGCUGUUUACAGAGGCAGAUCUAGGAAUUCCUAAAUCCCUGUUGGGCCCAGACCUUGACCCUCCCCAUUCCUCAGGAGUUUGAGGCGAAUGUCUGUGUGACUUACUUUUUUUCUUUCCAUUUGCAAAAUGCAGUGGGGGUUUUAACCUAUUGUGUGGGUUCUGAGGGUGCUGUUCCUAGAAAGUGCUCUUGAAAUCAGAGUUGCUACAUGAGUACUUUCUAUGUGUACCAAGAAUAUUCCCUGGAAGAAGACAGAACAUGCCUUUUUCUGUUCCUGGAGCUUUUCAAGGAAAGGGAACAUUGUGUUUACCCACGUGAUGCUCUGUUUGUUCUGCUUCUCAUGAUGUUUUCUGUCUAAAAUACUCCUGGAAAACAUAUAAUUUGGUCUAUCAGCUGUGAGCACGUGAGUUGGAUCAUUGCAGAGGGUCAACAGGGUGCCCAGGAAGGUUGUAGAUGCCUCAUCCCUGGAAAUGUUCCAGGUCAGGCUGGAUGGGGCUUGGAGCAACCUGGUCUCGUUAAAGAUGUCCCUGCUGAUGGUGGGGGUUUGGACUAGGUGGUCUUUAAAGGUCCCUUCCCACCCAAACCAGUCUGUGAUACUGGUCAAACUGUGAUCAAUGCACCUUUGCAGCUGGAGGUUGUCAGUGGUGGGAUCUUUCUGUGGAGCGAGGGAUUUCUAUGGUAAGGCGUGUAUUUAAGUGUGUAACAGAGCGAGUGCUUUUUGUAAUAAUAUCCUUGAAAUAAAAACUUAAUUUUGUUGUAAA